AUGAAUCCGGGACAGUUGGCAGUGAUGGGCACCUUUGAGCCGAACCCAAAGGUUGGCACAAACAUUACAUACACGUGCAAAGCCAGAGUGGAUUGCCUUAAAUUAGCGGCAGAUAAUGGUAUGGAUUGCCAACAACUUGAAGACUUGAUCUGGUUUUUGCCCCGAGAGCUGAGAGAGCACGAGCUAGUUUAUGGUAGUGGUUCGACCAGGGUUACUUUUGAUCAGCAAAACAAAUACUCUACCGAUGAAUACAAGACUGCAAUCGUCACCAGUAUUAUCAAGAUUACCAGCUUUGGUACCAUUCAUAACGGAAAGUAUAUCUGCACUCACGAUAGACUUAUAAAUACGUACAGAAAUAUGGCCAAUGAUUGGUGCGAUUAUAGCGAUCACUGCAACAGCACUAAUUGUUAUACAAAUCAAUGCAAAUGUAAUGCAAAUGAGGUAUACAUUGUGGAGAAAGAUCAGUGUAUUGAGGUAUCGAGUUGGGACAGCCCGUGCCAAUACGACGAGCAGUGCUCAUAUCAUUUGGGCAAACAUUCGGCCCAAUGCUCGGCCAACCGGUGCUCGUGUCGGGACGGAUACACUCUUUGCUCAAUACCGUUGAGGGGAAAGAAGUGCCUAAAGACUGCGCAACUAAACGACACGUGCCAACACAGUGACCAGUGCUCUACUAGAGUGACCAACUCUUACUGUUCGGCUAAAAAUCUAUGCGAUUGUAAAAGUGGUUAUUAUUCAAGCGAUAGCGUGUGUCAGCCGUACGUGAAGUGCGAUUCAUCGGUGUUGGGAUUUAAUGAGCGCUAUAUUCAGGGCGAUUGUCCAGCGAAUCACUUUUGCAGGGAUAGUGUUUGCCUGUGUCAGCCCAACUAUAAGGCACAGGGAGGCGAUUGUAUCGCAACUUCAACGGGAAAAGACAGAACUUGGUUAGAUAAUUAUGGCUAUUAUAUAAUUGGAAGUUUGGCUGUAGUUCUUGUGGUCACUCUAUCGCUGAUUGCAUACCAAAUGAGAAGACGAAGGAUACUAUCCCGAAACCGGUCUCAACAUAACAGUACGGAUGCGCUAAACGUUACGGACAUAAUGUCGGAAAAAAGUGGCGUUAAAUCAAUGCCUGAAUGGGAAUUAAGUGAUCAAAAAAAUUGGUUGAGAGGCCAAACACCCGAUGAUAUCCGGGAGCGGUGUCUGACUCUGUGUCGCGAGUAUAUCGGAGACAUUUGGCUCCGGGUCUCACUCGACGAGAUUGUUGUCAACCGUAUUAGCGGUGGACUCACUAAUCAGCUCUACUAUUGCGCCACCGAUAAGACUCCAGCGGCUGACCAUAAUCCAGAUGUGCCCCGAGAGGUGGCCAUCAGGUUAUACGGCGCCAAACACUUCAAUAAUGAUGAUAAUGACGGCAAUGAGAGGCUCACAGAUGUAGUGAUCGCUCUCCUGGUGUCCGGCACUUUGGGACCAAGACUUUAUGGUGUCUUCGAUGGCGGACAGAUCCAGAAAUAUUAUAAACACAGAAGUUUUCGCGGCGAAGAGCAGAAAAGCGCUCAACUGGUGGACCAAUUGGCCCGAAAGUUGGCCAGAGUUCACGCGCUGAACGUACCCCUGAAACGGGUGGGGAACUGGAUAUUUGACUCGUUUGACAGAUAUUACAAAGAGUCGACCGAUAGGUUUGAUUUGAAGGCACUGAUCGACGAAUGCCAUUGCGAGACAUUGAAGAGACACGAUCUCAAGACAGAGCUGGAGUGGCUCAAGAGGGCUAUACUCGGCACCGAUAGCCCGAUCACAUUCACACACAUCGACUUCCGGGGCUCAAACAUAAUGGUGUGCGAACCGGACGACGAGCUCGUGUUUUGCGACUUCGAGUACUCCGGGUAUGGCUAUCGCGGGGCAGACUUUGGCACCAUAUUUGCCGAAUGGAACGGUAAGCUGUGGUCAGAGCCCCAUAUUUUGCACAACUUUCCCGACGACCAGACAAUCGCGCCGUUCAUCCGCUCCUAUAUUAUGGCUAUCGCGGGGCAGACUUUGGCACCAUAUUUGCCGAAUGGAACGCUGUGGUCAGAGCCCCAUAUUUUGCACAACUUUCCCGACGACCAGACAAUCGCGCCGUUCAUCCGCUCCUAUAUCGACGAGUCGACGAAAGCCAUGGGUUCGGCCUUUUCUGACCGCAAAUGCAAUUCAUUUGAUAAUAUGCUGAGAGAAGUGAAAGUGUUUUCGUUGGUCUCAAACAUGUUCUUCAUUAUAAUGGCUAUUAAAUCGGAUAAACACUUCUCCGGUGAAGACACGCCCUUUGAUAAGAAGGGAUCGAUGAUAUUCGCUGAACUGAAUUACAAGAAUUACUAUCAUUUGAAACAAUUAUUUAUUGACCAAAAGUUAAAAAUAAACAUAUUAAGCAUUAAAAGCAAAUACCAAACCUAUCAUAAGGACAAUCACUUUAGGGUCGAGUCCGUCAAACUCGUUGUUAGCGAUUCUGUACAACACGUUUUCGGUGCGAUCGCCGCCCACACCGUAAUUGUAGGCGUGUCGGCGCCGGUAGUGUUUGUCCCAUACAGUGCCUCCAAGAUUGGCCCAAUUAUGGGUUAUAGAGUCGCCCACAAACACUAUCACCUCGUCCUUCAUGUGGUCCCGGGUCUGGUUCACUAA